GUUAGUAUCAGCUACUGGGCACUCACUCCAGCUCACUCUGAGAAAGAACCUAAACAAGCUCACUGUUACAGAAGCUAAGGAGGAAUCAUGAAGGCUUUCCUGAUUGUUGCAUUUGCUGUUGUUUCUGGUUGCCAUGCCAACCUUAUGUGGCAGGACCAACCCAUGCCCAAUAUGGACAUGGUGAAAAAUGCAUUCUGGGAUUAUGUUGCCAAGGCAACAUUCACUACUGAGGAAGCCUUGCAGAAGAUCAGGCAGUCUGAACUGGGCCAAGAAGUAAAUGCCAGAAUUGCUGAAAGUGCUGGUGCUGUUGACCAAUACACUGUAGCUAUUAGCAGUCAGGUGACACCUCUGACUCAGGACCUGCUGGCGAAGCUAUCCCAUGAGGCCGAGCAGCUGAAGGCCCGCGUGGAGAAGGACCUGAGCGCCAUGAAGACCCAUCUGGAGCCCUACACUGAGGAGCUGAGGUUGGACCUCCAUCAGCAGGUGGAGGACCUGAAAAGGGAUGUGACCCCCUACGCUGAGGCCCUGGACUCUGAGGCACUGAAGGCCACCCUGCAGCAGAAGACUGAGGAGCUGAGGGGGAGCCUGGAGAAGAGCCUGGCUGAGUUGCAGUCCCAGUUGGGCCCCCAUACUGAUGAGCUGAAGAAAAGGGUGGACCAGCACCUGCAGGACUUCCAGAAGAGCGUCGCUCCCCUGUCCCACAGCAUCCAAAUGCAGCUGGUUCAGAAGAGCCAGGAGCUCCAGCAGAAUGUGGCUCCCUACGCAGAGGAGCUGAAGGGGAAGCUGGAUCCCUUAGCGCAGGACCUGAAGAGCCAGCUCAGCACUCUGUGGGAAUCCUUCACCAAGAACCGCCAGUAAGAACAGUCUCCCAGAUCUGACCAUUGUCAAUGAACAGUUAAUUUAUUGUAAAAGAGAUUUACUGGCUCAAAUUUGACCAACUAUAGCCUACCUAUUAGAUGUCUUUAUUGCUCGUCCACUCAAACUUGGAAUGGAAUGGAAUAAAAUGUUUUCUCACUGUGGAAGUCAGUGAUUUGGAUAAUGAGAAUUCAAGACAUAAUUAAAUGGGUGUAUGUGCUAUAAACAGGAAAAUAUUUAUGUGCAUUAUCCAUUUGUGAUACAUGGCACUCACUAAGAGUAUUUAUUUUUCAUAUUGUUGUUUGAUGUAAACUAAAUUAAAUAAACAAUAUUUAUAUCAUA